UUCCUAUAUAAACGCCUUCAUGAAAAAACCAAGCUUGGCCAAGGAAAUAGGAGAAGAACAGCUAGCCAUAAGUGGAAGAUUUUGUUGGGACGACGCCACAACAUCCAUCGAUCGAUCGACAUGUGCAAUACUUCUCCUUCGUCUUUCUCCUCCUCCAAGAAGUCCCACCUCUUUGUCACUGCCAAUAAACUCAUGGAGGAUCCAUCAUCUCCUGGAGAUCUCCAAAGAUGGCCUACUCCUCCUGAAGUGGUGGAGGAAAUUCGAGCUAUAGGGAGGAUUUCCGUACCUUCGGCCUUGACGGGCCUCAUAAUCUACUCUCGUGCCAUGAUCUCGAUGCUGUUCCUGGGUUACCUCGGGGAGUUGGAGCUCGCCGGCGGCUCUCUCUCGAUUGGGUUGGCCAACAUCACCGGAUACUCGGUGCUAGCGGGGCUGGCCAUGGGCAUGGAUCCUAUCUGCGGGCAGGCUUUCGGCGCCAAGCAGCGGAAGCUGCUGGGACUGACCCUGCAGCGCACUGUUCUGCUCCUCCUCUCCACCUCCGUCCCCAUCGCCUUCUUCUGGCUCAACAUGAAGCGCAUCCUGCUGCGCUGCGGCCAGGACGAGGAGAUCGCCUCGGCGGCGCAGGUUUUCGUCGUCUUCGCCAUUCCUGAUCUGUUCCUCCUGUCGUUCCUCCACCCCAUCCGCGUCUACCUCCGAUCGCAGAGCAUUACUCUUCCGGUCACCUAUUGCUCCUUCGCCUCCGUGGCGCUCCACGUGCCGCUGAACUAUUUGCUAGUGGUGCGAUGGAAGAUGGGCAUCGCCGGCGUGGCGCUGGCGAUGGUGUGGACCAAUUUUAAUCUGCUGCUCUGCUUAAUUCUGUUUAUACUCGUCUCCGGCGUAUACAGGGAUUCGUGGGUCAGUCCCAGCGUUGAUUGUUUGAGGGGUUGGUCGGAGCUGUUGAAGCUGGCCGUGCCCACCUGCGUCUCCGUCUGCCUCGAGUGGUGGUGGUACGAGCUGAUGAUCAUGAUGUGCGGCCUGCUAGCGAACCCCCGCGCCACCGUGGCCGCCAUGGGGAUACUCAUCCAGACCACCUCGCUGGUCUACGUCUUCCCCUCGGCGCUGAGCUUCGGCGUGUCCACCCGGGUGGGGAACCAGCUGGGCGCCAACCGCCCUGAGAGGGCGCGCAACGCCACCGCCGUCGGGCUGGCCGCCGCCGCCCUGCUCGGCCUCGCCUCCAUGGCCUUCACCACCUCGGUGCGACACCGGUGGGGGCGGCUGUUCACCGACGACCCGGACAUCCUGGAGCUCACCGCCGUGGCGCUGCCCAUCGCGGGGCUCUGUGAGCUCGGAAACUGCCCGCAGACGACCGGCUGCGGAGCGUUGCGCGGGAGUGGCCGCCCGGGCACCGGCGCCAACAUCAACCUGGGCUCGUUCUACCUGGUGGGCACGCCGGUGGCCGUGUUGAUGGGCUUCAUGGCCGACGUGGGUUUCCCCGGACUCUGGCUGGGGCUGCUGGCGGCGCAGGCCUCUUGCGCCGCCCUCAUGGGCUACGUCAUCUUCAAGACGGACUGGGAGGUGGAGGCAGAGAGAGCCCGAGCCCUGACGAAAGCUGCUGCUCCUCCCGAUUCCAACACCACCAUCUCGUCUCUCCCCACCACAAAUCCUGCUUCCUCCCCCGACGACAUCAAGCAACAGAGCAAAGCAGCAACAUUGGAGGAAGUCGUUUGCGUCAAAGGCACUGCAGAAACAGAUCCACUCAUUGAUCGAGUGGAGUGAUCUCAUCACAGCGCAUCGAUCACUGUGAAUAUUUUUGGAUACGGAGAAGAUCGUUCGAUCUUCCGCAUCAGCUACGUACUACUGAAUUGUUUCAUCAACCUUUAAUGGUUUCUCCUGCGAGAUUCCAAUUUACUCACACUCCCAUCUGCUGCGUGUACGGAUUGAGACUAUGUAUACGUGAAUGUAUUAAUUAUUGUAUCCUCUGCUUCUUCAGAGGAGCCCUCUAAUCAAAAAUUUUCUGAGAGUUGACUUAUUA